AUGGAAAGUGUCAAGGACAAAGAGCACCACGAGAUUCUAUGGAAGUUGGCUGCGCAGGAAAAACCAGCGGCCAAGACGAAGGACUUGGAUUUUUGGUGGUAUCGAAUGUACCAAAGUGACAGACCUCAAUUUCUGCCGCCUUUGCAGCGUUUAGUGAGAAGCAUUCCCGACCUUUUCCACCCAACUAAAGCUGAGGCUCCGAUUCUGGUGCCAGAAGAUCGCAAAGGCAUUUGCCCUGAGUGCCAGGAGGGAAGAAGCCCGAGUGGAUGGGGAACUCCUGGCUGCCUCUCUUGCUCAGAGAUUGAGUCCUUUUGCUUGCCUUUCGACCAGCACCUUUUUGCGAACCUCGUGAAGAUUCCAAAUUUUCAUGCAGCAGCGAACUCGGAGGUCUCAGAGGACAUGUCCUGUUGGAGCCCAACAAGCGAGCCAUGA